AUGGCAGACAGCACAGACCUCGACGGCGCAGAGAAGCCCUCCGCCACUUCCCAGGAAACCACCACCAACCACAAGGGCGCAGCACAUCAGCAACAACAUGACCACGAGCGUACAACAGACACGUCCUCGCUGAGCGAGAAGGGCCCCUCAUCCCCCCCGAGCAGGCAUACGCGCUCGAGGGCCUCGUCCCACGCCACAGAUGACUCCGACCCCCUUGAGCCUCUCGAGAUCGCCCUCUCAGCGACGGGCACAUCAGCCUGGUCCCGACCGCCCGAAUUCGAGGUAUCUUUUGACGCGCCUUCAGACCCCUUGAACGCUCGAGAGUGGCCCUUGUGGUACCGCAUGUGGGCGAUUGCGGCCGUCAGCUACAGCACGUGGGUGGUGGUGUUGUACUCGACCUCGUACACAGCCGCAAUCCCAGGUCUGAUGGUGGCAUUUGAUGAGCCGCAACAGUCCGUGGCCACCCUGGGUGUCACCACCUACUUGUUGGGUCUGGCGGUCGGCAGCCUCAUCGUGGCGCCCAUGAGCGAGCUGUUUGGCCGGCGGCCUGUGUACCUGCUGUGUUUGACCGUGUCCACUCUGCUCGUGCUACCCUGUGCCUUGGCCACGGGCUUGGCCGAGAUCGUGGUCGUGCGCUUCUUUGGUGCUCUGUUCGCCUCCGUCAUGGUCUGCAACGGUGCCGGCACUAUCGCCGACAUCUCCACGGAUGAUGACAGGGCCAUGUACAUGAGCCUGUGGAGCAUUGCGCCCCUCAACGGUCCCGUCACGGGGCCUCUCAUCGGUGGUUUUGUGUACCAGUACUUGGGCUGGCGGUGGGACAACUGGCUGGUUCUGAUCCUCAGCGGCGUCGCUGUGCUGCUCAUGGCGACGGUGAAGGAGUCAUACGCGCCCGCCAUCCUGAAGGCCAAGGCGGCGAGGCGCAGGAAGGAGGAGGACGACGAGCGGUACUGGUGCGAGUAUGACGAUGCCAAGCGGUCCACGCUUGAGCUGAUGCGCGUCAACCUGAGCCGACCUUUUGUGCUGAGUGUCACCGAGCCUAUCCUGUGGUUCUUCAACAUCUGGAUCUCUGUUAUUUACGGCAUCUUGUAUUUGUGUUUCGUCGCCUAUCCCAUCGUUUUCGAGGACAAGAGAGGUUGGGGCCCGGGUACAACAGGCCUAUCCUUCCUAGGCAUCGGAAUAGGAACCCUCAUCGCCAUCUUCAUGGAGCCCGUCUGGCGCCGCAUCAUCAAUUCUCACGCCAAAGACCCAUCCACCAACCGCGUGCCCCCCGAGGCCAGCGCAAGCAUCAUGUCCCUCGGCGCCAUCCUGACCCCCAUUGGUCAGCUCAUCUUCUCGUGGACCUGUCUUCCCACAAGCAUCCACUACGCCAUACCCAUUGCCUUUGGUAUCCCCUUUGGCAUGGGCAACACAUUGUGCUUCAUCUAUGGCACCAACUACCUCGCCGGCGCGUACGGCACUUUUGCCGCCUCUGCGCUGGCGGGAAAUGCGGUUAUCCGGUCUAUGUUUGGGGCUACGCUGCCGCUGGCGGGGCCUUCCAUGUAUACCAAACUCACGCCGCAGUGGGCAGGAACGCUGCUGGGCUUGUUGGAAGUGGUGCUGAUACCGAUCCCUAUUGUCUUUUACAAGUAUGGCAAUCGAAUCAGGGCGAGAAGCCCAGUGAUCAAGCGGAUGACGGAGGCGCAGGCGCAUCAGGAUCGGAAGAGGGCCAAGUUUAUGGAGAAGCUGGAGAGGCAGAAGAGGCAACAGCAACAGCUGCAGCAGCAGGAGGAUGAGAAGGUUGAGGUUGUUGAUGCCAGCAAUUCGUCGGUGGCCUAUGGUGAAGAGGUCAAGGGCGCUGGUGAUGCGGAAAGCAAGGAUCUGGAGAAGGGUGUCUGA